ACUUCCUGAAUAUAAGGUUGAUGCUGUGAUCGUGUCAUGUAAGGCGAUCGUUGGUCUUCAUAAACCUAAAACAAAAGAUCAUACCAGUUCAGCAAUAGAGACAUAGGCUAUAGACACAUUUUCUUCUGCUUUACCCUUGACAAACGAAAUGGACUACUGGAGUGCCUCGGAGGUCUAUAAGGAGAUGCUUCUGCUUUACGCCAAGGAAGCUAGAAACUAUAUCAACUCCCAGUGUGCUGGUAUGGAGCCAUGGCAAAUCAUUGCAGCAACACUGCUGACCUCCCUUGGGGCAGUGUGGGUUAAGGGAUUUUUCUUUCAGCAGGAGAGUCUGACAUCUCGAAUCAAGAAGCAGUUCUUUCGACUCAUCAGAAAAAUCCCGUUUGUUGGCACAUCAAUUCAGAACCAGCUCAACAAGGCACUGGAUGACAUGUCAGUGAGCCUAUGCACGCUGAAGGAGGGAAUGAGCUACACUAAACACCUGCCGGCACAAGGACUCACCCAGGAACAAGUCCUGGACAGCAUCAGGCAGUACCAAACUCUGAAUGAAGUGCAGUGGUCCAAAGGCAAGGUAUCUGGGGCUGUCUACUGGGGUGAUGAGAAGCUCACAGAACUCCUCGUUAAGGUAUAUGGUGAGUUUGCGUGGAGUAAUCCCCUCCACCCAGAGAUAUUCCCUGGAGUUAGGAAGAUGGAAGCGGAGGUGGUACGGAUGACUUGCUCUCUCUUCAACGGCGGGCUGGACUCCUGUGGCACAGUCACCUCUGGUGGAACUGAAAGCAUUUUGAUGGCAUGUAAAGCAUACAGAGAUCUGGCUUAUGAGCGAGGAAUCAGACAUCCGGAGAUAAUUGCACCAGUGAGCGUCCACGCGGCAUUUGACAAAGCAGCACACUAUUUUGGAAUGAAACUCAUACAUAUACCUUUGGAUAAGAAGACUAUGAAAGUUAAUGUGCAGGCCAUGAAAAGAGCCAUCUCUAAGAACACAGCCAUGUUGGUGUGCUCAGCUCCUCAGUUUCCUCAUGGAAUCAUUGACCCUAUUGUGGAAAUAGGGAAGUUGGCAGAAAAGUACAACAUUCCUUUCCACGUGGAUGCUUGCUUGGGCGGGUUCCUUAUAGUGUUCAUGGAAAAGGCAGGAUUCAAACUGGAGCCAUUUGACUUCCGGCUCAAAGGUGUAACCAGCAUCUCAGCAGACACACACAAGUAUGGCUAUGCCCCCAAAGGCUCUUCAGUGAUACUCUACAGGAAUAAGAAUUAUCGCCACUACCAGUACUUUGUGGCCCCAGAUUGGCAGGGGGGGAUUUAUGCAUCCCCCUCUAUGGCUGGUUCUCGGCCUGGAGGCAUCAUCGCUGCCUGCUGGGCCACCAUGAUACACAUGGGAGAGAGUGGCUAUGUGGAGGCCACAAGGAAGGUUGUUCAGACUGCUCGCUCCAUUGCAGCAGGCAUCCGUAAGGUGGAGGGAGUGUUUGUGUUUGGAAACCCAGAGGUGUCAGUCGUGGCCAUAGGCUCCCACAUCUUUGAUAUCUUCCGUUUAUCCAAUGCACUCACAUCAAAGGGCUGGAAUCUCAACACUCUGCAGUUUCCAUCUAGCAUCCAUAUUUGUGUAACUAUGCUGCACACAAUGCCAGGUGUGGCCGAACAAUUUAUCAGAGAUGUAAAGGACGAAGUAGCCGUUAUCAUGAAAAAUCCAAAGGAGAAGACCACUGGGAUGGGAGCAGUCUAUGGCAUGGCACAGACCAUUCCUGAUCGGUCAAUGGUGACAGAGGUGUCAUGUGGCUUCCUGGACUGCCUCUACAGCACUGAUAUCUUCAAGGUCCAGAAGAACCACACCAGCCAGAGGAACCACAUGAAUGGCAACUCCAAAAUACACUGAUUGUGGAUGGCUGUCAGGAUCUCUGCAGCCUGCAGUUGAACAAUGGGUCACUCAUUGCAUUUGUCCCAUUAUUUACGGUCCCACAUUUCAGUUACCCACUUACUCAUUUAAAGUUUAAGCACAAGUCCCAAUGCAGAUUGGGUUUUUCUGGUUGUUCUGAAGAUUAAUGGUUUACUGUAAGUGCCAUAGUAUCAGCGUCCGCAUAGAAGGGUCAGGAACAGUGUCACGGAGAAGUGUUAUGUUUUUUUAUUUGUGUGAUAUCAGUUUACUAACAGUUCUCAUUUUAUAUUUCAUCUUAUUCUGACCAUUCAGUUGGAGGUAACUGCUUAAGUGUAAUUCUCAGGUUAUCACUGAGUGGAGCAUUUCACUGAGAUUGAAACACAGUUGCUUGUCCUUGCCAUUUUAGACUUAAUUAUGAACUGCUCUUUUGCAUUGCCUGAUUUGUGCAGUUCAGCAGACUCCUUCAAAUUAUUUUAACUUCACUUUCAAGGUACCGUUGUCACAGCUGCACAACUCCUCCAUUUAGGAUUUGUUCUGGCUCUGUGUGUCUUCUUGCUGGUCAUUAUAAGAGUGUUUGUGUAACUUCAUAAAUGUUACCAGGUAGCAUAAAUCUGGACCAAGCAACGCCAUAUCUUAUGCUAUGUAUUUCCAACAUUACACUGUUGUCCUACGAAACUUGAAAAGUGCAAAAUCACUAUUAUUGUAGCCCAACUCAGGGGAACCUGUAUAGCAAUAGAUUUUUUUUUUUUUAAUUAAGUUUCUACCCAUGUAGAAAUGUAUGUCUCUGGUGAAAUUGUGAGGUGGUAAUUUUGCGAGCGAAUGGAUUGGGGUGUCAAAACUUUUAAUGGAUCAUAUCCACACACACACAAAAAAAAAAAACAUGUUUCAAAGAAUCACAGCCAGUAAAUUCCUCAUCAGAACAUACCUAAACAUAAAUGAUUUUGAGUUCUGAAUUGGUGGCUGAAACAAUUAUUGUCCCAUUCCUGCCUACCUCAGAUGUUGUUCCAGUUAUUCUACAUUUAAACUUUGAGCUUCAGUAGUUGUUUGAGUGAGUGUCGUCUUCCCAUAGGUUAGUGGUUUAAUUGUAAUUAUUUUAUCCAGUGGCUUUGCACAUGAUCGUAGAACCCUUUGGGAGGUGUUUGGAGAAAACCUCUUUUUUUUAGCAUUUCUGUAUUUUAAGUUCUUUAUUCCAGGGAGAUGUUUGUGCAAUACAUAAUUGCCUGUCUAUUGUUCCUGAAUUUUAACAAGGGAAAAUAGUUUGUGUGUUAAUGAGGACCUUCUGAGAUAAUGAGGGGAUGGCACGGUACCAUUGAAUCAUGACUGUAGGCUUCAUCAACUGUCCAGUUCCUUAUGCCUUCGUAAUGUUUGUGAACACUGUGUGGAUUAACUUUAUACAUCACUAAUACAGUGUCUAAUAUUUCAGUAAUGUGAUUAUAUUUUUUAAUUUUACACUUGCUUUUUUAUGUUGGUACAGGGCUUUCUGUGUGAGCAUGAAAAUAUAUGUUGUAAACUAAGGGCACAACAUGAUACCACUAAAGGAGCAUAUUAUUUAACAUUCGAUUUAGUUACACUUUUUGAGAAGUAAUUUCAUGUAAAAGCAAGAAUGGUUUUAAAUAUUUUCAUAUCCAAGAUUUUGUAUUUAAACCAAUUAUCUCUUUGCCUCCAGAGAAGCAUUAUAAUAUCUUAAUGAAAUGAGUUUGUUAAUGCUGUACAAAUACCCGAAAGGCAGGCACCUUGAUCCUCAUGGUUAUAGUCUCUAAAGCUCAUGACCCAAAGUGUUCACCUUCAUGCCUUUGGACAGGCUCUCGAGCUAGUGCAGUGAACAGAAGAGCCUCAGAAAUGAGGCCUUUACCAUGUCAUGUGAUCCACUUCUGAUACUGUGCUGUAUACCACUGUUCCUGUAAAAAUCAAUAAAACUUCUUCUUUUUUUUUC